AUGAUCAGGAAAAAAGGCUCUACAAAACGUGACCAAAAAGAAAAUUUUUUAAUCCAUUCAUUACGUGCAAGUUCCAUUGACAUUCAUCCAAAUGCUCGAUGGCAACAGAAUGGUAUCACUGUAGCUGGAGGAAAUGGAUAUGGCAAUGAAAUCAAUCAACUCUCAAACUCAUGGGGCUUGUAUGUUGAUGAUGAUCAAACAAUCUAUGCCGCAGAUCAAACGAACAACCGUAUUGUGAAAUGGAAAUGGGGUGCAACGAGUGGACAAGUGGUUGCCGGUGGAAAUGGACAAGGAAGUGGGCAUCAUCAAUUGUAUUACCCAAUAGAUGUGAUUGUCGACAAAGAAAGAGAUAGUCUCAUCAUCUGCGAUAAUGCAAAUAGAAGAGUGGUUCAAUGGCCUCGCCGAAAUGGGACAAGUGGAGAAACAAUCAUCUCCAACAUCGAUUGCCGGGGUUUGACAAUGGAUGAGAAUAGAUCUCUUUAUGUCGUUGACAAUGAAAAGCAUGGAGUGAAACGAUAUCGAAGAGGAGAAUCUCAAGGAAUAGUGAUUGCAGGUGGCAAUGGAAGUGGAAAUCGUCUCGAUCAACUCUAUUACCCACAAUUCAUAUUCGUCGAUCGAGAUCAUUCAGUAUAUGUAUCUGAUUUGGGAAAUGACCGUGUGAUGAAAUGGAUGGAAGAUGCAAAACAAGGCAUUGUCGUGGCUGGUGGUCAAGGAUGUGGAAAUAGUCUUACACAAUUGUCAUAUCCUCAAGGAGUUGUUGUUGAUCAAUUGGACACUGUCUAUGUGACUGAUAGAGGGAAUAAUCGAAUCAUGCGUUGGCCCAAAGGAGCCACAGAAGGAAGUGUAAUUGUUGGUGGAAACGGUGAAGGAGGACAAUCGAACCAACUCUAUGGAGCCGAUGGUUUGUCAUUCGAUGGAGACGGCAAUCUCUAUGUUGUCGAUAAUGGAAAUCAACGAAUACAAAAAUUCAAUAUCGAUUCAAACAAAUAA